ACGGAGCAGCGGCGGCGGGCGGCAUGAGGCGGGCCAUGGCGAGUCAGGUCAAGUUAUUACGACCUUUCUGGGGAAGAUAUAGCUUUGCGAAAGAUGUGAUGGCGUAUCACUCAUUCCCUCUCGUAAGGGCAGCGGGGAUGAGGUUAAUGGCAGUCCCCGAAAGGACGUAUUCAAGAACAAGUGUUAUUAUGAAAGAAUUAAAUUCGAAAGGGAGAAGAGGAGUGAAUACAAAUUUCGAACAGUCUCUGAAUAAUGAAGCGUCAAAAAGUCACAGUGAUGCUGUAAAAGAAGUGAUUACACCAAUGCAGAACACUUUGGCAACGCUGACAAUGAAGCUAGAACGUCUGGGUUGUAUAAACGCAAAGGAUAUUUUGAGAGCUGUAAAAGUCUUUGAGGGCUGUGCUGGAAAUAUAACUAGCAAAGAUUAUCAAAAGCUUUUACAAAUGACAAUCAGGAUGGUAGAAGAAGAGUAUCGGUCGGGCGCUAGCCAUGUGCAACGAGUGUGGAAGCUCACCGAUGGCAGAGAUGACCUUAUCAAUGAGGAGCAUAUUGAGCUGUAUUUGAGGAUGUGUUAUCUUGCUGAAGUUCCUGUUGACCCUUGGGACGUCCUCAGUCAACUAAAAAGGCUGAAGUUGGAGCCAAACCGUGAAGUCCUGGAGCUCUUCAUGCUGCUGUUUGGAUGGCGGGGAGACCUAGGGGGAGCAACCAGCACCCUGGCCAUCAUGAAGGAGCAAGAGAUUCCAAUUACCGAGACCACAUUUUCUUCUCUCAUUGUGGCCCAUGGAGUCAAUAAGGACCCACAGGGUAUUCAGUCUGUCUUGGACACAAUGAGGAGUGUGCAAAUGUCACCCACCAGGAUCACAUACGAAGCACUCAUGACAGCCUUUGCCGUUUCUGGCUUGAUUUCGGAGGUGAAGCGCGUGGCUAGACAGAUAAAACAGGAAAAAAUCAGCCUGUCUCAGAGCCAGCUAUCGUCUGUACUUCUUAGCCUUAUCAAGAGUGGCCAAGCUGGGACAGAAUUUGAAAAUGUGGAUUAUAUUGUUGGAAUGAUGGAGGAAGCUGCCGGCAAGAUCGAUCUGUCGAGACUUAUGCUUCAGUGUAUCCAUUCUGGUUACGUGAGGGAAGCUGUUCAUCUUUUGCCGAAGCAUCCUCUGAUACGACAGAACAACCACCUGUAUACUAAUGCAAUGGUUUAUUUGCGAGAAAUGGUUCAUGCCGAAGUUGAAUCAGACUUACUGGUGGAAAUGUGUAAUGAUAUUCGUAAGCAAGAAAUAAACCAGUACUCCUUAGAAGUGGCCCUGGAAUGUGCUCUGGCAGAACACCGAGAGGAAUUGGCCUGGGCACUGAUCCGAGCUCUUAAGACAGCAGGGAAUCCCGUGAGACAGCAUUAUUUCUGGCCUCUCCUUCAUUACAGUGCUCUUACUAACAAUUCUUCAAAGUUGCUUGGGUGCAUAAAAGAAAUGGUGAAGUUGGACAUUUCACCAGACUUGGAAACUCUCCGUGAUCAUGUGAUCCCAGGCCUCAUCAUUAACCACCCAAUGUUAACACUAGAAAUGCUUCAAGGUGCUGGCUUAACAAUCUCUCAGGCAGCCACACCUUUACUUGUUGUCCUCAUUCAGAAUAAGAUGCUGGACCAGUGUUUUGAGUUUGUGAGAGAAAUGAAGUCAUUAUCUCUGCGAGACAUCAUUGCCCCGCUGGCAUCAAUUUGGGCAGCCAGUCCUCAAAGGGUUAUAUCUCUGUUGGGCGUCCUUAUGGAAAUGAAUAGAUCUACUCUUAAUGAGGGAGAGCUGGAGCCAGAUUGGGGAGGGCAGUUCCUCCUAGACUUGUUGAAUUCAAGAGCUGGACUUAGUGUCCAUCAGAUUCGUCCUCUGUUUGAGGAAUUACACAAGCGCAACAUCAGGGUUUCUGAAAGCGCAGUGGAUAUUUUGAUGACCAGGACCAACAAGGUAAUCCAGCAAGCCAUUCGAGACAAUCUCAGACUCGUCUUCGAUCCUUCUGUAGGCCAGCCACUGAAGGAAGAAGAGUAUAAUCUCCUUCCACAUCCUAACAAAAUGAAUGUAGAGGAAUUGGAGUGUCAUCUUGUGGAACUGCGUGCUAAAGGCCUGAAUACAAGGGGAACUUUGCGAAGACUGCUCAUCAUGCAUGCAUCGAACAACAAUGCUCAACGUGUUCUUGCACUUAUUAAGGAAGCAGGUGAAGUCAGUCUCAGUGGUGGUAUGAUGUCAAGUAUCAUGACUACCUUGACUGAGAGCGGCAGUGCAGACAGUGCUUUGGCUGUCUAUAAGGAACUGCAAACAAAAUACCCCUCAUUUAAUGUGGACUCUUAUAAGGUCAUUGAUCUGUGCACACUCUUGGUGAAAAAGAAGAGAACAGAAGAUGCAGUUAAUAUCCUGAAAAAAUAUUUAGAAGAGUAUUCCAGACCACACGCUAAAAAAGCUAUUAAGAGAAAUUGCUGGAAUCUUUUAAUGGCAGCAGCAGAAAAUCAGGAUCAUACAAAUACAAAAAAGAUAUUUGACCUUCUUCAGACGAAUAAUGUGAUAAAUGUAGAUGCAGUUAUAGCAGGACCAUUGAUAAAAGCAAGACUUCAUAGUGGUGAUCUAGCAGGGGCAGUGAAAGAGGCUGAAUAUCUGUGGAAAGAGUACAAGUGUUUACCAAUGAGGAUUGAAAUUCUCGUCCAGUUGACUCUUCAUUCGAAGCAAGGCAGUACGAGAUCAAAGGAGAAGGAUAAUCUUAUGCAGUCCAUGUUGGACAUAAUAGUCAUGUCAAAGGGUUCUCUACAAGCUCACCACGACUUACUGUUCGCUUGCUUGGAAGCGGGACAACCAUCAGAUGCUAAGAAAGUGCUACAGAACAUGGGCAGAAACGUGAACAUGCAGUUAGUGGAGCGCCAGUGCGACAGAUAUGCCAAGACUGAAAGGGAUGAACCUCUUCUGCACUUCCUCACUGCCUGUCGAGGAACUAAUACCGUUGACCAGUACAAAAUCUACAAAGCUCUCCUGAAUCUGUACUACAAACAGAGUGCAGGUGAGAAGGGCCUCUUUCUGUGGACUAUAAUGCAAGAGGACGAAGUGACGCCAACUCCCCCUUUCCUCUCCACUCUUGCUUCGCUUCUCGCUGCCAGUAACAUCAAGAUUCCUUUCACCGUUCAAUAAAGAUUUUACUUUGUUGUCUUCAUUAUAUUUUUUAUUAUUAUUGAUAUUGGUAUUAUUAGUAUGAAUAUUAUUAUUGUUAUUAUUUAUAUCUUUAUUAUUA